AUGGAUCCAAGUCAGACGUUACAAUCGCCGCAAGCAAAGUCCAUCAUCGGACCUGCUUUGAAAAUAGGUGCCCUUUCUGGAGCUGCCGGUUUUGUGACAGGAAGCGUUGCUGGUGUCAUCAGAAAUUCUCCUCCUCUUCUUUUCGGUCUCGGAUCUGGUAUCCAAUGGUUUGGUCUGGGUACCACCUACUGGGGCACAAGAAGCUUCAUAUUCCAAGCAUGGGACACCGGCAAGGGCUUGACAAAGAGCGACAAGGCUUCUGCUAGUGCCAUCGCUGGUGGCGUGGCUGGCAGUGGCGUCGGUCUACUUACUCGUGGUCCUCGCAAUGCCAUUCCUGGAGCUAUCAUGUUCUCGCUCUUUGGUUUCCUUGGACAGACUGCCACCAAUUACUACGACAAGACUGACAUGCCCGUAUCUAAUGAGCCGCAAAUGAACUUCUGGCAGAGGUUUGCCAGCCUCAAGUGGAUGCCUGUCACUGUUCUCAAGGAUGGCGAGUACGAAGAUAUGCUGCGUGAGAGACAACUCAAACUUGAAGCAGAGAUUGCUCUUGUCGAUGAGCGUAUCGAAGCUCUCAAAUCACAGCAUGCCAAAACCUCGGCCUCGGAAACUACAUCAUCUUGA